AGCGCAUAAAAACCCUCUGCAGCCGCCUCCACGUUGCAUCUCCGGAGCAGCUUUGGAGAGACUCGGGCGCCAAGGGCGUGAUCAGGCAUGGGGACCGCGGUGACUACGAGGCUCGGUUUGGGGCUUUUGUUCCUAGCACUUCUUGUACCCGCUCUGAUAAGUGACAAUAAUGCAACAACUAUAUCAGCCUCGAACAAUAAUUCAGGUCCAACAUCUGUACCAGUUGGCACACUGAAUAACACCACCAAGGGACAUGGAAGCUCUCUUCAAUCAACUACUGGCCUCUUCAUUCUCUCAGUCUCUCUUCUAUAUGUUUGUUAAGACACCCUGGCUGGGAAACUUCCAUCAUUCCCUACCCAGUCCCUGAACCACCUGAGAUGGCUAGACCUUCCUGUCCCAGCAUGAAAAAGAACCACAGAAUGCCUGCACCAAGCCAGUGCAGCUUAUGCUACAGUUCAGUUAUUGGUACCAAAUAGACUGAGAAUCUUGUAACAGCAUCUGAUGAUCCAAAACCGUCUUCCCUGAAAAACAACUCGGCAACCAUUACGUGUCUGAAGGCAGUGGGUGGGCUCCAGUAUUCAACAGGGAAAUGGAAAAUACAAGACAAGAAGUACAACUUGACUAGCCAUGGAUAACGACUAUUGUAAAAAACACAGGUGAAAGUUUAUGAAGCAAAUAAGAACUCUUUACUUGGAAUGCAAAUUAAGCUUAUAAAACCACUAGAAGAUAGAAAUGGCACUGAAGUGGUUCAGUUCACUUAAUUUCUGCUCCGUUUCAUAUAUAAGGAUGUAUCUGGCAGAAAAAGAGUUCCAUCCAACAUUUUGCUUUGAAAUUGCUAGCUUAAGUUGAGCAGAUCUUAUUUUAAGCCUCUGUUAAUAUGUGGUUGUUCUAAGUAAGCCUGUGUAGUUUUACAAUAUAUUGGAAAAUUACUUCUGCUGUGGCAGCAUUUCAGAUUUUUCUAUUUUAAUCAGCUGUAAGUGAACCAUAUAUGCUGGCAAAAAAGGUGUUUGAAGAGCAGUUCCAAAUGACAUGCAUAAAACUGAACAAGGGAUCAAACCUCCACUGCUAAACUUGAAUAGCUAUUAAUUUUUUCAUUCUCAUGGCAGUCUCCUUCUACAAUAAAGCCUCUAGAGUAACUUCAAAAUAUCAGUUUUGAUUUGGUGCCAUUUGUAUCCUAUUCUAUUUUAUGCUUUAAAUAUAUAAUGUGCAGAAGAAUGGAGAGUAGCUUUUUCAGAGGGGGGGAAGGGAAGGGGUUAAGUCUUCAAUCAUCAAGAAUCUUUAAAGUACAUGUUUCAAAUACUGGAUCCUUGAAACCAAUAACAUUUUCAAGGACACUAUAGAUAACAAAUAAUUUGAACUAAAACUGGCAUUAAGAUGCAGGUUGAACUAAAUGCUUGGAUUUUCAGAAAUAUGGAGAAGCUUGUUGACAAUACCAUGUCUAUGGAGCGUCUUGUCCAGUUACUUAUGAGAUCAUAGCUUUUAAAGAGAACCCAUCCUUUGAUUUGGACAGUGUACCCGAGACCUAGCCUUUUGCAUUGUCAAGUAACUGUACAGUGAACUCCAUAAAAUACUAUGGUAGGGUAUAUGUGCACUUCUUCCUUUUUGUAUCAAGUACACUGUUUUGAUUUUGUGACUGUGAUUAUGCUUUAAAUUUAAUUGGGUAAACUGUAAAUAAAAAAACCCUGAACUAA